UGAAACUUAUAUACAUGUGGCUUCUCUUCUCAGCUUUCCAAUGAGAGAACAAGAGAGAUAGGAUUCAGCAAAGUCAUGGCAUUGUUUAGGAUUCAUGUCUCUGUAAUCCUUCUUGCUCUUCUUCUCUUGUUUUUCUCAUCAUCUUCUUUUGGUGUUUGUCUUGCUAAUGCUGCUCAUGAUCCAGGUUUGAUUUCACUGAAAAGAUCUCUUGCUGAGAUUCCUUCAUUUGACAACAUCAUCGUCGAUAACAACUACUCCUUUAUCUUGGCUGCAUCAAGGACUCACAGACAAGACCCUUUCCAUGAUUUUAAAUACUACACCGGUGGCUGGAAUAUCAGUAAUGUUCAUUACUGGACUUCUGUGAGUUUUACUGCUGCUCCACUCUUCAUCAUUGCUGUUGUUUGGUUCCUUGUAUUUGGAUUGGUCUUGUUCUCGAUCUCGUGUUAUUACUGCUGCUGUUCAAGGAGAAAGUAUUCAUAUUCUCGCUCGGCUUAUGCUUUCUCCCUCGUUUUUCUAAUCCUCUUCACUUGCGCUGCAAUCAUCGGAUGCAUUGUUCUGUACAAUGGCCAGGGGAAAUUCCACGGCAGCACUUCAAGUACUUUGGAUUAUGUUGUUGGACAGGCGGAUUUUGUCGUUGAUAAUCUUAGGAAUUUUUCGGGAAUUUUAUCUGAAGCUAAGAACAUCAGUGUGGAGCAAAUCUUUAUUCCUGCUGAUAUUGGGGGAAAAAUUGAUGCUGUUGGUGCAAAGCUCAAUUCAUCUGCAAGUGAGUUAGAGACUCGAGCCGCUGACAAUUCUGCAAAGAUUAAAGAUAAACUUGAUACUGUGCGAUUAGUUUUGAUCGUAGUUGCUGCCGUUAUGCUUCUUUUGACAUUACUCGGAUUCUACUUCUCUGUACUUGGACAACAGGUCCUUGUUUACAUCUUAGUAAUCAUCGGAUGGGUUCUUGUUGCUGCAACAUUUAUUUUGUGCGGUGUUUUCCUCAUUUUCCACAAUGUGGUUGCGGACUCAUGCGUCGCAAUGCGAGAAUGGGUUGUUCAGCCUCAAGCGCACACAGCAUUAGAUGACAUUCUUCCGUGUGUCGACGCAACCACCGCCAAUGAAUCGCGGUACCAAAGCAAAGAAGUCACUUAUCAGCUAUCAAACGUCGUCAAUCAAGUCAUCCUCAACAUCACCAACAAAAACUUCCCGCCUAAUGCCAGACCUUUAUACUACAAUCAAUCCGGACCUCUCGUUCCCAUUCUCUGCAACCCUUAUACUAAAGACUUGAACAACGCAACUUGCAAUGCCGGAGAAGUCGUCUUCAGUAACGCGUCGCAGGUGUGGAAGAAGUAUGUAUGUAGUACUGCUAUUGUAUCAGGGUCGGAGAUUUGCACAUCUGUUGGUCGUAUUACGCCGAAAGUUUACAACCAGAUGAUCAGUGCUGUCAGUGUGAGCGGCGGUCUGGAAUACUACGGGCCGUUCCUGGUUCAGCUGGAAGAUUGUACAUUCGUGCGUGAUACAUUUGGUAUGAUUGAUGAAAACAACUGCCCCAGGCUGAAUCAGUAUAGCAAAUGGAUAUACAUUGGCUUGGCGAUGGUUUCAUCGGCGGUGAUGCUUUCUUUGAUCUUCUGGAUUGCGUAUGCUAGGGAGCGGCAGCAUCGAGCCAAUAACAAGCACUUCAUUGCUUUAUCGGCUCCGUCUCCUUUGUCGGAGAAAACAUUUUAGGUUAUGUAUAGCUGAUUUUUAUUCUAUUUUAUUUUAUUUUAUUUUUUUGGUUUCUUGUCUUGUAUAUCUGUUGAAACAAUUUUCUGCUCUAUGAAUUCAGUGAUGAG